AAACAGGAACCGGGAAAAGCCACGUCGCAAUGGAAGUGAUGACGUAUUUCCGUUGUAGGCGGGGCGGCGAGUCACAGCGGAUUCUGACGUGAAGGACUUGUUAGUUACCUGUUACUAGUCUGGUAGUGGCAAAACAAACACCCGAAGUGACACAGCGAAUCCGGCGUAAACGUAAAGCAGCAGAACAGAGCAGUCCUGCCUUGUAACGUCAAGUGUGCUAACUGUCGUGAAAGCACAUCGGCGGAGAAAGACGUGAGCAGGACGCUAAUAAGUCGGUCUUAUUAUUUCUUAUCCAGUUUGAAAUAUUUACAUCCUAUAAAAUAUAUCUUUGAUUCUUUAUUUAAGGAUACAUUUGUCUUGAUGCGCUAGAAGCACUUUGCUGGAUCUUGUGCUCGUUUAUUGUUAGUUAGCUUAGCUCGCUAGUUAGCUUAGCUUGUUAGCUGCUAACAGAAGUUAUCAACACAUCGCUAAGUAGAGAUCAAGUGUGAGAGUAAAGUGUUGUGAUUGUGUGAAAAUGUCUACAUUACACAUGUUGAGAGCGUUGGUGGAUCAGCGACUAACUGCUGCCGUUGAAGAAAUAUUUGUAGUGUUAGAAAGAACGAUAGCAGAAUACGAGGCGGAACUUUCUAGAACAAAAGAGGAGAACUAUCAACUACUGGACGCUGUUUUCAAGAAACAUCAAGUUGUGUUACACAGAACAGACGUCCAGCGGGUGUCAGCAGAGAGUCAAGAAGAGAUUCCCUCCAAGCAGCAGGAGUGGAGCUCCGGUGUGGGACAGAAGGAGCUGGAGCCCCCACACAUUAAAGAGGAAGAGGAGGAACUGUGGGAGCCGCUUCCAAAGUUGGAGGAGGCUAACGAUGAAGAUGAAGCUCAGUCCUUACAGCUUCAUCACAGUCAAAGUGAGGAGAACAGAGGGGCGGAGCUUGUAAGUCAACACAUCACAGGAGCUGAUGGAGAGCAUUGUGAAGAUAUAAAGUCAGAACCAGACAGCAUCUUUGCUCCACUGUCAGACAUGGACCACAUGAUGUCACACUCUUCUGAUCACAGUGACCACAUCCAAAAACCUUUGGAGAGUAAAAAUGACUCUAAAGGUGAUACGAGACAUCACACUAACAACAAACACUUUGACUGCUCUCAAUGUGGGAAAUCAUUUAGACAGAAGAAUGAUUUUACAAGACACAUGAGAAUACAUACUGGAGAGAAACCUUUUACUUGCUCUGUUUGUAAGAAGAGUUUCUCCACAAAACCUAACAUGACCACACACAUGAGAAUACACACUGGAGAGAAACCUUUUCUGUGCUCAGUGUGUCCCAAAAGAUUCUCCAUAAGUUCUCAUAUGAUAUUACACAUGAGAACACACACAGGUGAGAAACCUUUUCUUUGCUCUGUUUGUAAGAAUAGUUUCUCCACAAAGCAACGCAUGACCACACACAUGAGAACACACACUGGAGAGAAACCUUUUUCAUGCUCAGCUUGUGCGAAAAGAUUCAACAUUAAGAAUAACAUGAUAUUACACAUGAGAACACACACAGGUGAGAAACCUUUUACUUGCUCUGUUUGUAAGAAGAGUUUCUCCUGUAAGCAAAGCAUGACCAUACACAUGAGAAUACACACUGGAGAGAAACCGUUUAGUUGCACUGUGUGUGAUAAAAGGUUCAGGUUUAAGAUGCAGAUGAGUAAACACAAGUGUGUAACAGUCAUGGAAGCUGCAGGGAUUUAAAAACACUUAAACAGUGAUUGUGCUAAAUGUAGUUUAAAAACACAGCAUGUUUAAUAAGAAUGUAUAUUUGAUGUUGUAUGUAGUGCUUCUCAUCUUCUAGUCUUAUGUUGUCCUGUAGUUACUGUUUAAGUUGUGUGCAUGUAUUGAAUAUUAUAUAUGUAGCUACUAUAUUAUUCUAUUUUCUCAUCUUUGAAGAGAGGACAUCUUAUUAUUAUCAUUUGUA